CAUCGGCCAUUUUGCCGCUUGUGGCGACUAUGGCCAUCUGACACUACACGCGAAUUUUUCUGACGCGGCUGCGAACGGACACGGCAAAACAACAACGCAAUUUCGCGGGCGGUAAGCGCGAUAUCGACCGCUCAGGUUUUCGUAUUACAUUAUCUGUUACAUACAUUGCGAAACGACCCGUGAUUCUGCCGGUCAUGCAACGUGCGACAAUAUCAUCAAGAGCGCCCUUGUGUGACUGUCCGUUGCUCGUGUGACGUCUAACCUAUGACUCGAUUCUGAGGGAGGAACCACGGUCUCCUCGGCAGUGGGUCACAACAACGACAUUAGCGGAGUCAAACUAGCGGCGACUGCGAGGAAAAAAUCGGAUCGGAGUAUAUAACCACACGACGCACACACGCAAACGCAGACACCGAACUUCUCCGACGAUUGAACGCGUGAUUCUUGCUACCUAUUACGAAAUCCCACGGAUCAUUGUUGGCGAUGCACGACGACGCACAUGACGCGCCAAGAACUGCACGGAGCUUUGUUUCGAAUGAGGACGAACGAUAAUCAACGACUCAUACAAUUAAGUCACUCAUCCUCGUCAUUUGACAUUCAGUGAUGUCAGAUAUGUCACAUUGUGUAAGAUUACUUGAUAGAAAUUAAGGCUGUUCUGCACGACUAUAUGACGUGCUUCACGGCAAUUUGGAUCAAGCAAUAACUUUGUGAGUUCCACUGCUGAAAAAAAUACUCUGAUACAUGUAUUAAAGGAUAACUAAGAUAUUUUUGUAAGAUAAAUCUAUGAGGAAAGAGAAAAAGAGCUGAAGAGUAGUAGAACGAGCAAUUCAUGGUAUCUCAUAUAUAAUAAUAUUAUGUUUAAGACAUUACAUAGAAAGAGAAAGAAAGAAUUUACAGACCAGACUGUUGAAGUGUAUGAAAGCAAGUACUUUUUAUAACGUGCCAGUCAACCUCGCGUGAGAAAUCGCACGCUAUAUUAAGUGCCACAUAUAGCUACGAGUGAGAACUUUGAGAACAAUCUGCAAUAGUGCCAUGUAAAGAAGUAUCAAAGAUAUCAGUCAAGAAUAAUAUUUCAUUCACGAUAUGAAAUACUUUGAGAAGAGAGUCUGAUCAGAAGGGAGUCUGCUUAAUGUUCUGGAAUAAUCUGUAUAAUCCUUGAGCAAAAUGGAUGAAAGGAGAGUAGCAGAUUAUUUUGUUAUUGCCGGUCUGCCUGGUCAAGAUGACUAUCCAAAUCAAGAUAAUGAGAAUGACAAUGAGACCAGUGGCGAACUGAAGGACUGGUGCCAGGAAGGUACACAUCUCAAGGCGGAUGCACAAACAGCACCUCCCAUCACAGAUCUUGCUGUAAUAUUCCCUGCACUAGGAGAACACUGUCCAGAAGGAUAUUUAUUGUUGGAACAAACUGUAUCAGGUUUUCCGGCUGACUUAAAUCAUGGAAGCUUACGAACAAAUGAAUGUUACUUGUGCUACAGAAGAGGACGAGAUAAGCCUCCUCUAGUUGAUAUUGGUGUAAUAUAUGAUGGAAAGGAACGUAUAAUGCAGGAUGCUGAAAUGGUGUUGGAAACCCCUAAAGGCCACGUGGCGAAUGUAAACAAUUCUACGUCGAAAAUUUUUGUAACGUAUAGACGAGCGAGUCGAAAGAUGCCUUGCAACUCUUUGGUCGUCACGGAUAUAUGCGUCAUCUUGACAAACAAAGGAGAGAGCCCACCACAUGCAUUCUGUGUGAUCAAUAAGAACCUGAAUAAGGGAAUGUUGGGCAGCGAUGUGUUUUUAUGCUAUAAGAAGUCCAUGAACCGCGCUAAUCUGGUGUCGUUUAAGCCAGCAAUACUCUACAAAUAUCCCACAGCCGAUUAUAAUGGUUUUGUCUUUCCGAAUUCAGUCGCCAUGUUUUGUUUGCCGAUGGGCGCGACUAUAGAAUGUUGGCCUAAAGUAGCAUGUAAACCUAAGCCAGUAUUCUCGACUUUUGUCUUGACGGUCGCCGAUGCUGCUCAAAAAAUAUAUGGUUCAGCAAUAACAUUCUAUGAGGAGCUACAACUAGAGACGGACAUUCCGAAUUGCAAAGACAAUCAAGAGAUCAUGGACACGGUUGACGAGAAUAAUAAAAACAGUGCAGAUAAUAUAGAGAUAACCAAGAAUAAGCCACAGGUAAAGAUGAAAAUGUUGAAAAAAUCCGGUAUACUGAAGAAGCUUACGAUACCACAGUUCGAGAAGCUUCAGUACACAGAUCCCGCGAGCCAAUCUUUGAACAUCAGCAAGUCCAUAUGCAUAUUAUCACAUUGGCCAUUCUUUGAUACGUUCGAAAGGUUUCUGGUUUUCCUGCACAGCAUGGUCAACGACAAGCCGCAAAAUGUCCCGAUUGAAAAAUACAUUUCAUAUUUUUUAUGUGACAUACCGUUUCCAAGCCCGCAGCGGCCACGGAUCUUGGUGCAGCUCAGCAGUCAAGAUCGAUUGAUCUUGACUCAACCGGAAGAUCUGGCUCUACCCAGAUCGGGCGCGAGUUUCCGACAACUGCUGGUAAACCUCGGACCCGAUAAUUGUUUGUUAAUAUUGUUACUUAUAUUAACUGAACAGAAGAUACUGGUCCAUUCCUUGCGGCCGGAUGUACUUACCUCAGUGAGCGAGGCUAUCGCCAUGAUUCUAUUUCCUUUUAAAUGGCAGUGUCCUUAUAUACCAUUAUGUCCUCUGGGAUUAGCGGAGGUGUUGCAUGCACCAUUACCAUUCCUAAUCGGAGUAGAUUCAAGAUUCUUUGAUCUGUUCGAACUCCCCAGCGAUGUUAAUUGUGUGAAUUUGGAUACAAACAAUAUAGCAAUAUGCGAUGAUAAAAAAUACUUGAACGUAAAAUUGCUACCCAAAAAGGCAGCUAGACAACUUCGAAAUUGGCUGGAACUUCUGUCUUCAAAAAUUAUUUUAUGGGGGAAAACUAAUUGCUCGCAAAAAGAUAGAGGAGACGAAGACUUUAGUGUGGACAAGGAGUUUCAACAGAAACGAAAAGAGCAAGCUUUAGAUCUCGAGAUACAAGAUGCUUUCUUGAGGUUUAUGGCGACGAUCCUCAAAGGAUAUCGAAGCUAUUUGUUGCCGAUCACGAAGGCACCUACUGUGGGGACAACAGAUCCGACAAGUUUGUUUAAUAUCCAAGCGUUUCUAAGAAGUCGUGAUAAGGCUCACGCUAAAUUUUACAGUAUGCUUGUCAGAACCCAAAUGUUUAUUAGGUUCAUAGAAGAGAGAAGUUUCGUAUCCGAUAUGGACAUGGCAGGGUUAGCAUUUUUUGACGAGUGUACAGAACGAGUCGAGGAAGAGAAUGUAACUCUUCUGGAACUGGAUGAAUCUCAACACAGUGAACGUACAGUAUUUAUACCACCACCUGAAGCAGGGACAAAUGAAGCACCAAUAGUAUACAAGUCGUUCAAAUUGAAUCCAGAUUUAAUGAGGCCUCAGAAGAACUUUUGUUUAAAAAAUCCAUCUUUAAGUGCCUUUGGUAUGGUACCUGGGAGUCCUAUGGCUCGUAGAACAAAGCAUGAAAUCAAAGUUGCUCAAAGAAUGGCCCGAAAACAGGCUGCUAUGCCCGACAGGUGGGGCAGAUGUCUGCUAGGUACAUGUUAUAGUCUUUGGUUUCUACAUUUGCCAGCUAUGUUGCAAGUCUCUAGCCAGCCUGCUGCAAUUUUACAUCAAGCUUACGAACUAUUAGUCAAGAUGCAAAAAUUACGCCUUGACCCUAUGGAGGAGGUGUGCUAUAGAGCUAUGAUGCAACUUUGUGGUGUGUACGGGCAGCCGGUUUUAGCUGUAAAAUUGUUAUUCCAUAUGAAACGUAGCGGUGUCCAGCCUAACGCUUUAACAUACGGAUUUUACAAUAAGGCUGUUCUCGAAGCAACAUGGCCUUCGGAUAUGACGAAUUCGAGUCAGCUGAUGUGGAACAAGUUGCGAAACGUCAUCGUGGGUGCAGCUUUGUUUAAGAAAGCUGGCAAGAAGAGCGCCAGGAGGCGAUUGAGCUCUAAUGUGGAUUUUCUGAUUACUGAUAAGACUGAUGGCAUGGAGCAUGCACUCUCCCGGUCUAGUCUGGACAGUUCUCAUUCUCAGGAUACCGAAGCCGCGCAUAGUGAUUCCACCAAAGGUAGUUCUGUGUCUGAUCUACCUGGAUUUGGGUCGUUCGAAUUGAAAACCAAGCUUCUUCGACAGAAUAGCAUAGUUAAAGAUCAAGCUACGUUAAACAUGUUGCAAACGGACGAAUUGAAUCCGCCGCCCAAUAAUCCAAGGCUAACGCGCAGUGUUGAAUCACCAUUAAAAAGUCCCAUACGCACACCAGUCACGGAAAAUGACCCAUUGGGUGCUCUCAUUAAUGACGAAACACCGAUUGUGUCACCUUCCGAGGAAAAUGACUCGAAUUGCUCAACAAGUACUUUAACCGUUUUAAAUAAUACGACUGAAGAGAGACCAGGAGGGCCGCUCUUAUUUAGAAGCAACAUCCUCCCACGUAGUGCGACCUUUCAUCAAGCGGUAGAUGAAAGUGGCAUGACGGUGGGUGGGCAUUUGCAGAGGAGUGAGACGAUGCCUCACUCUGUGGCACAGCAAGGAGAACAGGAGAGAGAAAAGGAGAGACUGGAAAUAAGCAGUCUUUGGUCUCAGAAUAAGGAUAGUGUUACGUCCAGCCUCUCUAGCUUAGGAUCUAGUCUUAAACUUAGUUUCGGACGAUAUUCCACGGGUGGAUUUGCUAAAAAUAAGGAUUUUAUACCAUCCAAUCAACUUAUUGAAUCUCUUAGUCUCUCCAGCUACAUCAGCCCUUCGAGUUUGACAGGAAAGAAGUCUAACGAGAUAAUACUCGGCGGUCUAAACAGCUUGAAAUCCGCCGCAACGACUGUUGUGAAAAAAUUCGACGAGAUUAAGGAAGCUAUUUCAGCGACGAGCACGCCAGUAAAGAUUAAAGAACGUGAACAAAAGCUGGCUUAUGGGGUAUCUCAUGAAUCUCUAGAUUCGCUCACCGACGGAUCCUUGCAAGAUCGAAAUGAAGUCUUCCCAUCCCUAGCCAGGCCAUCAGGUGACGGGAACUUAGAUCUAUGUUCGUUGUACGAGCUGGCGGAAUGCUUAUAUCCAAAAGGCACUAGAGAAUUGGAAGAACGUCUUGCCAUCGAGCUUGUGCUUUCCAGCGCCAGCAAAUGCCAUCAUUGCGCUGCCAUCCUGUACGACGAAGAGAUAAUGGCUGGUUGGCAGCCAGAAGAUUCCAACUUGAACACGGUUUGCCAGUAUUGCGACAAGGCUACAGUACCUCUCCUCACAGUUACCAUAUUGGAUUACAGAUGCGAAGCGAGUGGAAAGACCAAUGAUCCUCUGAUGGGAGCAUUGGUAGAGUUGUUGGAUCAACCGAAAGAAUCGUUAGAGCCAAUAACUGUGCCGUAUCUGAAUCCAUUGGUACUGAGAAAGGAACUGGAGAGCGUGUUGAGUCAGGAGGGCGACGCCUGCCUCACAAAACACAAGUUCAUCCAGGAGCAUCCGAUAGUCUAUUGGAAUCUGAUAUGGUACUUCGAAAGGAUCAACUUGACCAGUCAUCUGCCUGAUCUCUGGCUGAACGGCGAUAAAAACACGGAACUGCAAAGGGUUGUGGGAUCGGUGGGUGUCAGAACCAUGUGGGACAAUGAACGACUGCACAUGGAUCGUUUACCCAUGUACCUUCAAUGGAAACUGAAUUCUACGGAGGAUAGAACACUGAUGCAAACAGUAAUAACGUACGUCCGUUGCAAUGACUUAGCGGAACCUAUAGUAAGAGUGGCCUUAGAAAGAAGUAAACAUCAAACAGACGAUCAUCCGUUUUCUAUAUACAGAGAUAUCCUAUUCUUGGCAUUUACGGUAUUAGGCAGAACAAAUAUUGACCAAGGUGUAUUCGAUAGGGAAUAUAGUUUAUCGUUGGAAAAGUUCUCGGAAAAUGAGGAGAAAUUAUUGCAUAAGAUCGACACACCACCAACGACGAUGUCGGUGUAUUGCAGGCAUUACUUCAAGCAGCUGAACGUGUGAGAGGAACGCUCGAAUCCCGAAGAAACUCACGCGACAAGCAGGAGAAAAAACUCCUCUUGAGUUUCUGAGACAUUGGAGGAAGUGCGCGAAUAGUGAACGAAUACUCCCUCACGUGACUACGACUCUCUAGAGCUUCAUCUUUGUGAUCGAAUCGAAGUUUGCGCGAGGGAGAACGCACGUUAUUAUGAUGACGAUGAUCAGAGCGCGUUCCAUCGCGUCCCGAAACCGCGUACGAUUGUAACAUGUCAUUAUGUCAACGUGGUGACACAAUGUCCGCUACAUGUUAAAUGUUUAUUAUUAUCUAACACGGUUGAUUAUUAUUAAUGUUAUCAUGAUGAUUUUUACGCUCGAGUCCGGUCUAAAAGGAUUGCUUGCAGCGAAUGAAAAGAGAAAGAAAACGAUCGACAUCGUAGUGUCAGCGGAUCGACGAUAGUGAACUAAACUAACGUGUAUUUCAUUCUCGUUCCCUCAUGAAACUCUGCUUAACUCGCUGAUAUAGAGAUAUUUGUCUCUUGCUUGCGCAAACACUUGGUCGGAUCACCGGAUUCGGCGAGCUUCGGUUCUAUAAAAUUCUCGUACUUCGAUCGCGCGCUGCGAAAGAACUGACGAAAUCGCGAGAGAGUAGCUAUUAGGAAUCGGUUGAGUCGACAAUACAUAUGAUGCUGAUCGGUCGGCGCCGCCGAUCCCACGAAAAAUGUCAGAUCGAUGCAAUAAGAGAAAGAGAGAGAGAGAGAGAGAUAGAGAAAGAGUUGAACGAUAAUAAUUCCUGAACUAAAAUCGUACCAUCUCUGAUCUUCAUAUGUUUAUAUUGUAAUUUGUUUUUAACUUGGAGUUAUAUCGAUUUGUCUUAUUUUUGCAAAUUUGAGUCGCGCGUGCCUCUUGACUUGUGAUUCAAUGACUCGCGCAUCGCAUUAGCAGUAUCUAAGAGUACAACGUUGAAAAAUGUGUCGAGUACCAAAGAACUUUACGGGACUGUCGAGCAAUUGCAAGUUCAAUUCCCUCCAGGUGUGCUGUGACCUUUAAAUACGUUUCAGUUCGACACGUAAUUAUCCAUAAUGUAAAGAAAGAAAAGAGAGAAAAGGAGAGGGAGAGAGAGAAAGUGAUGAAAUGAAAAAGACGUAAAAGAAGAAAGGCUGUCGUGUAUAAUGUUGAAGACAGCGUUUAUAUGCCAACUAUUUUUUUUACCGUAAUGAGAGAAAAAAGAAAGCGGAAGCGAGAUAUCAUGCGCGUGACAUGACGAAACGCAGUAUUCUUUCCUUGUACUCUUAGAUAGAAACGAUCGUUAAUUGCACGACCAAUAUACAUAUACACGCGCGGUCAGACAACGGACACAGAACGUAAAUAGAUACAGUUUAUCUAAUGUCCUAGGUGAAAAGUGUCCUUUUAUGGGCGUACGGCGUCGGAACUCGACUACUUAUAUAUCCUAAAAGCAAAUACUUAAUGAGAGAGUGAAUAUUUUUAUGAAUUUUAGACGUUCGAGACAUUUGUAAAGUUAUUAGCGGACUUAGUUAGAUAUGACGCUAUCCACGAUUUAUUCUUCGUCAAAACGAGAUAAUAAUAAUAAUGACGACGACGAGAUCCUAUUCAUUGUGCAAGAAAAGACUCAUAAUCCGCGCGGAUUACUCGGUGUACUGUGUGCACUUUUCACCCUGGACACCCGCGGAUGAAUGUAUGUUCAUUCAUUACAAUAUUAUCAAUGUAGGUUAUAAAAAAUAAAGUCAGUUGAGGUAUUUUACAGAA